AAUGCUUCAUGCUACCGGUUUCAGUUACGUUUAGGUUUAAAAGUAUUAGCUGUCGUAAAGUAAAUGGUAUGUUCGCAUAAAAAUAGUUAUUUAUAAUGAUACAUGGGUUUAGUUAGACGUAAAUGGUACCGUUUUGUAUUAUGUGCUACAAUUAUUGCUUUUUUGAUCGCUUGUUACCUCAAAUUUCAGUCACUGUUAAACUCCAAAGUCGUAGGAUCAAUGAGCGAACACACACUGGAAUAUUUCCUCAACAAGGGGACGAUACAAAGAAAAGAUGCUGCUGAUAUUGAAUGGUAUCAUGCAGCAAACAGCAAGAGCAAACUCAUAGAGGCAAUUCGAGGUUCUGCACAGAUGAUUGAAGCAGAUGUUCUUCUCAGGGGUCAAGAUCCAAAAGAGCCCAUUAUGGCUCACCCGCCUGACAAUGACAGUGAUAUAACUCUGCAGGACUGGCUUAAAGAAGUUGUGAAAUCAGAUAAAGGAAUAAAAUUGGACUUCAAAAGUCUCGCAGCUGUAUCCCGAUCCAUGAUUCUACUCGAAGAAGUCCGAGAUCAGCUGCAGGGACCUGUGUGGAUCAAUGCUGAUGUUCUUCCUGGCCCUGGUGGCAAAGCCACCCCUUUGGACCCUCAUGUUUUUCUACAGGAAGUGGCUCAAAGAUCAGAAAAUGAUGUUCUCUCUUUGGGUUGGACCACUGGAUGGGAUGUAAAUGUAGACAAUCAUGGCUAUAGCUGGGAGAUGGUUCAUCAGAUGGAAGAAUUAUGCAGAUCCCUAAAGCAACCAGUCACAUUUCCAGUCCGUGCAGCUCUCAUUCCUGUGUCCUUCCCACAGUUCCAGUGGCUUUUAGAGUGUUCAGACCGGUACAGCCUGACUGUAUGGACGGGCAAGGAUGAUGUUCUUAAUGUGGAAGAUCUGUUGCCCUACAGGCAAAACUUCAGUGAAACCAGGAUCUACUAUGAUCUGUUAGAAUCACAGUUCAAACUGUUUAAAGGACUACCUGGCUACUCCUACAAAAGCAAUUAAACUUACUGACAUUAGCUA